AUGACUAUGAGAGAAAUAGAUUUGAAUGUUACUCCUACGAUAGAAAAAUUUGAUGAUAACAUCAAUCAAAUUACUUCUACUUCAAUGCUUCAAACUUCUUCAUCAACUCUUUUUCCUUUUGAUUUAAAUGAUGACAUAUUUAUGGAGGAUGAUACACCAAUAGAAGAAAUAAUGCCUCAAUCAAAUUUAAAUACUGAAUUAUAUGACAUUGAUCAAAUUUCAGCAAUUUCUACACCACAAAUUUCAUCAUCGAUCAGUAAUUUAUCAUAUGACACAGGUGAUGAUGAAAAUAUUGAACAAGCAGCAACAAGCCUUACUACAAAAAGAAAGUUACGUAAUGAUGAAAGAAGAGCCAUAUUUGAGGCUCUUUUGGAGAAGAGUUCAGAAAGAAAAUUAAAAAGAGGUGAGACAAGAGCGGUGGCUUCACAAUUUUCCGUUUCCAUUCGUACAGUUCAACGCAUUUGGAAACAAGGAAAAAAUGAUGGUCCAUAUGUUGAUGUAUCCCAUAAAUUAACAAAAAAUUGUGGCCGAAAAAGAAUUCAACUUGAUGUUGAUCGUAUGCGUGAGAUUCCUUUGUCUAAAAGAACAACAAUGAGAGAUCUUUCUUGUGCAUUGGAUGUUAGUGCAUCCACAAUACAUCGGCGUGUAAAGUCGGGAGACAUACGAAAACAUUCAAGUGCUAUAAAACCUUCUCUAACUGAAGAACAUAAAAGAGCGAGAUUGCGCUUUUGUUUAUCAAUGCUUGAAAGUUCCAGCUUGCCUCAUAAUCCAAUUUUCUCGGAAAUGUAUAACAUCAUUCAUAUUGAUGAAAAAUGGUUUAAUAUGACGAAAAAGAAUGAGAAAUACUACUUACUACCAGAUGAAGAAGAUCCAGAACGCAAUUGUAGUAGUAAAAAAUUUAUUGGAAAAGUCAUGUUCUUAGCUGCAAUAGCUCGCCCAAGGUUCGACGCACAAAGAAAUGAAGUAUUCUCUAGAAAAAUUGGUAUAUUUCCCUUUGUCACACUAGAGCCAGCCAAGAGGUCAAGUAAAAAUAGAGCUGCUGGAACACUAGAGACCAAACCAAUGACUUCGGUUACUAGAGAAAUAAUAAAGCAAUUCAUGCUUAAACAAGUCUUACCUAACACAAUGGAGAUAUGGCCAAGAGAGGAUAUAGGUCGUCCAAUAUUUAUUCAACAAGACAAUGCAAGAACUCACAUUAGUUGUGAUGAUGAAGAUUUUUGUAGAGCAGCUUCACAAAAUGGAUUUGAUAUUCGACUAAUAGCUAUUCAAUCUUUACAACAUAAGAAGGCACCUAAAUCGAAGGCACCUAAAUCUGUUGACGAGCUUGUGAAUGCGGUUGUGAAAUCAUUUGAAGAAUAUUCGGUGGUGCUCUCAAAUCGUUUAUUUUUAAGUUUGCAAUUGUGUAUGAUUGAAAUCAUGAAAGCAAGAGGUUCCAACAAGUAUAGUAUUCCUCACAUGAAGAAAGAAAUGCUGGAACGUCAAGGCAAGUUGCCGAGACGAAUGAAAUGUGACCCAACAUUGGUUCAAGAUGUUCUUGAUUAUUUGAUGUAA